CUUCAGCUUGAGAAUCUAUAUAAGUAUAUCUUAACACUUUUGUUUAGUGCUCAUAUACUUGUUAGCAGCUGUAAAUCUAUUUUCCUCACGUCACGUUGACAAAGUUAUAAACGAAACUACAAUCAGCGGUUAAGCCAGACUAACUCUACAAUUCUGAAUGGCUAGGACUACAUAUAUUCUCCAAGCGGUGCUCUGUGUCUUCCUCAGCCUUUCACGGGAUGUGGAGAUGUCGGAACUAGUUUCUCUAAACGGACAAACAGUCGAAAGCAGUAGUUACCACUUACCAAAGUAUGCUGUGGAUGGGGAUUUAAAUUCAUGUGCGUACCAGGCUCGUAGACAAGUUGAGGUGUAUUUGAGGGUAAACCUACAGAGACGAGUCAACAUAGAAAAGGUCGAAAUACAUUACAGAGAAGAACUUUCUGUCGUCAGUGACCUAUUUGGAAAUCGAUUCUCUGGUUUCGAGGUGUACCUUUCGAAUUCCACCCAGAGACGAAGAGAAGACCAAUGUUCCAAGGACCAAUCAGCGAACGUGAACCAAUUUCAAAGUUUUGUAAGUCUCAAAGAGUGUAAAGGAACUGCACAAUAUGUGAUUAUAUACAACCACCGGGAAACGCUUGGUUUACUUGACUUGCUUGACGACAACGCACUCCCAAAGCUGUGUGAAGUGAAGGUGUAUGGAUGUGACGAGGGCACAUAUGGAAAUGGAAAUUGUGACGAAACAUGUUCCUCGAAUUGUCCCGGCAGUCUCUGUUAUCCAAAUUCAGGAAUUUGUCUGUACCGUGGUGACACCACAAAUACCACACCGGGGACAACAGCCUGCCGACCUUGUCCAGGGUCAUGUGCUGGUCCUUGUGACGAUUCCGGAUGUUGUAAGGACCAUGGUGACACCACAAAUACCACACCGGGGACAACAGCCUGCCGGCCUUGUCCAGGGUCAUGUACUGGUCCUUGUGACGAUUCCGGAUGUUGUAAGGAUGAGCAGGACACAGCCAGAAUGACCAAGGAGCCUAUUACUACCCCAGUGCUCGCCGGUGUGACUGGACUCUUAGCAAUUCUGUUGAUGGUUUCUGUCAUCAUUAUUAUCAAAAUGAGAAUAAAACAAACAACGCCCUCCCGAGAUGAGAACCAUCAAGAGGAUACGUAUGACGACCUGAACACAAUGGCAUUACAGCCACCGAAUACCUAUGAUGAUUUGAGGAAUGUCAGUAACAGUCAGGGAAGAAAGUAGCACUGCCUGUUUGAUAGUCUACAGUGACUUAUAUUAUAUUGCUUGUUUAGUAGUCUUAACACAGACUGACGUGACUUGUAUAUAAGUUGAGUAUAAACAUCACUUCAUUUAUAGGUCAGAAUUGGUCACAAAAAAGUGCCCCUUGAUAGUAAAUCUGCCUGUAAGUGCCGAAAGUAAAAACUGAAAAUAGCCCUUAGCAAAACUGACACGACAUGUAUGAUCUGCUUGUUUAAUAGUCGACACACAGACUCACAUGACUUGUAUGAUAUUGCUUGUUUAAUAGUCGACACACAGACUCACAUGACUUGUAUGAUUUUGCUUGUUUAAUAGUCUGCACACAGACUGACACGACAUGUAUGAUCUGCUUGUUUAAUUGUCGACCCACACAGACUCACGUGACUUGUAUAUUUUGCUUGUUUAAUAGUCGACACACAGACUCACAUGACUUGUAUGAUUUUGCUUGUUUAAUAGUCUGCACACAGACUGACACGACAUAUAUGAUAUUGCUUGUUUAAUAGUCUGCACACAGACUGACAUGAUUUGUAUGGUAUUGUUGUUUAAUAGUCUACACACAGACUGACGUGAUUUGUAUGGUAUUGCUUGUCAUAGUCUACACACAGACUCACGUGACUUGUAUAUAUUGCUUGUUGAAUAGUCUACACAUAGACUGACAUGACUUGUAUGGUAUUGCUUGUUUAAGAGUCUACACACAGACUCACGAGACUUAUAUGGUAUUGCUUGUUUAAGAGUCUACACACAGACUCGCGUGACUUGUAUGGUAUUGCUUGUUUAAUAGUCUACACACAGACUCGCGUGACUUGUAUGGUAUUGUUUCGUUAAAAGACUUCGCUCAGACUCACGUGACGUGUAUGGUAUUGGUUGUUAAUAGUCUACACACAGACACACGUGAUUUGUAUGGUAUUGCUUGUUAAUAGUCCACACACAGACUCACGUGACCUGUAUGGUUCUGCUUGCUAAUAGUCUACAUAGACUCACGUGACUUUUAUGAUUUGCUUGUUUAAUAGUCUACAUUCAGACAGACGAGUUAUGUUGAUGAUUGCCUGUUUUAACAGUAUUUCCAAUGUGUCUUUUUUGUACAGUUUGUAUAUAAGUUGAGUAAAAACAUCAUUUUUUUAGGUCAGAAUUUGUCACGAAAAAGAGCCCUUGACGGUAAAUAUGCCUUUAAGCGGCGCAUGUAGUUUUUUGUCGUUAUCAUUUUAAACUUUAGAUUUUAAAAAAGGCAUUUUCUCGCUUUGUUGCAAUGGUAGAGUGAAAACUGAAAUUAUCCCUAAGCAAAACUGACCCUAUCCAUCCACACUAUUUGACAUAUCCUGUGGAAUGUCAGUUCAUUUUAUGUAAUACUCCUUAAAUUUAUUUUCUACAUUUGGGAAUCAUUUAAAACCGUCUCGAUAUCAUAUCGGAGACUAUUAUAACAUAUCCAUGCUCACAUUUGUACAAGAUGUUGAAACUUAAAUACAGAUAUUAAUUGUAUUACACAACCACAGCUGCGUAAGCAGGUAUAGAAUAGGACUAUGUAUCCACAAUACAGAGAUCGGGAAAUAUAACUUUAGUACUUUAUCAUUUACAUUUGAAAAGUUUUUACUUUCCUUUAGCAUCAUAAGUCUUCAAAAAGGUUAGCGACAACAGUCUAACGUAUAUUAAAAUGAACUGGUUAACACAAUUAUUGUUCGGUGCAUUUGAAGCACAUUCUUUAUUGCUUGAGUGUAUGUGUAGAAAUUCCAUGUACUAGAAAUAAAAUGCAAAAAAUAUAUUGUAUACUUUUUACAUUUACUUCCUUUGCUUCCACCCUAACUCGUUGUUAUUGAGAUUCUUAUGUUCUGUAUGUGACAUUAUUUUCUUUGGGACCACUUAUCCUCAUUUAUCAUAUUCCAUUAUAUUAUAUUUUGCUAUAGACCAAUCACGUUGAUGUAACAAUCAAUACCCAAACCGACAAUAUUUUGCCUAACAAUUGUUUGUCAAUGUAAUAUAAUUUUGAGAUGAAGUAUUUAUAAUGCAUGCAUUUGGAGAUAAAAUAUCUUAUUGAUAAAAUAUUUUAAUCUCAUGUUUCUGUAUUGGACUUGUAUCGUUUUGUUGUUUCCUUUAAUUCUACAUUCACAAAAAGAUUAUGUUUAUUGUUUCUACAUGUCAGUUGUUAUAGAAAAAACAAAGUAGGGAACCUUAUUUUGAUUAUGUGUAAUUCUUUGUUCUACAUUUUUGGUAUAAGUCUGUAAUUGGAAUCAUCUGAUUCUGCACCUAUAGUAGAUAUGUUGAUUUAUUUAUUUUCCGUUCUUUGUCAUCCUCUACUAUUCCAAGAUCUCCAGACAAUUAAAUAUCA